AUGAUGCAAAUUACUGCAUGGAAUGUAAGGGGUUUGAAUCAAGCCCCUAAGCAAUUUGAGGUGCGGUCUUUUAUUUCUUCUCAAAAGUUAACGCUUGUUGCUCUUUUGGAGACUAGAGUUCAGGAGAGGCAUGCGGCUGAUGUCUCUCACAAGGUUAUACCAUUUUGGAAUUGGGACUUCAAUUAUGAUGCCUGUGACGGGGGUCAUAUCUGGAUAGGUUAUGACCCGAAUGCCCUUAGUGUGCAGACCUUAUUCAAGUCGGACCAAGCUAUACAUGUCAAAGUGACGAGUUCUGAGAUCCCAAUUCCUUUUGUCCUGUCUUGUAUUUAUGCAAGGAAUGAGAAGGUGGUCCAAGCCAGAUUAUGGAAUUUCCUCACCGCUAUUGGGGUAUCAGCUUCUUCUAACCCUUGGCUCCUUUUGGGGGAUUUCAAUGUGUGCCGCGAUUGUUCUAAGAAAAGGGGUGGCGACACCUCUUUCUCCCUAGGUAUGCACAGGUUUAACGAUUUUCUUUCUUCUGCCUCGUUUCAGGAUUUGGCUUAUAGUGGCCCUAAGUUGACGUGGACCAAUAAGAGGUUUGGUGAUGAGUGUAUUCUUAAGAAGCUUGAUAGAGCCCUGGUUAAUGAUGAUUGGCUUGCCCAUUAUCCGGAUAGCAAGACUCUCUUUCUUCAGCAAGGGAUUUCUGACCACAGCCUUGUUGUGGUGGCUUUGUUAAGAGAUCUUCAGCAUAAGGGUAGUCCUUUUCGGUUCCUUAACCAUCUUGUUGAUCACCCUCUCUUCUUGGAUAGGGUGGAAGCUAGUUGGAUUAGGCAAAUCCCUAGAGCUCCCAUGUUUCAGGUUGUUCAAAAACUCAAAGCAGUCAAGAAUGCUAUGAAGAUUCUUAAUAGGUUUAGGGGCCAUGUUUUUUACUUGGUCUCGUCCUUUAGGAAUCAUCUUCUCAGUAUCCAACACCAGUUGCAAGAUAAUCCCCAUAACCCUGUCCUUCUCCAGCAGGAGCUUGAGUUGAAUAGGGACCUUUUAGUGGCCCUGGAGCAGGAGUCUGACCACUUUCACCUUCGUGCUCGGAUUAGGUGGUCUCGGAACUCUCCAUUUCACCCUUUUGAUGUGGCCCCCUUCAUUGACAAGUGUUUGGAGCAAGACCAAGGGGCUAGGCUUAUUGCUGAGGUUUUAGCCGAGGAGGUUAAGGCUGCCUUCUUCAGUAUGGGCGAUGAUAAAGCCCCGGGGCCGGAUGGUUUCACAGCCAAGUUUUUCAAAAAGUCUUGGGAGAUCGUGGGUGCGGACGUGGUGAAGGCCAUUCAAAGCUUUUUCGCCUCUAGUCACCUCCGGUUGCCUCCUGGGCCAGUCAUUACCAACAUCUUGGCUAACAGGAUUAAGCCGGUGCUCUUUGGUUUGGUGGAUGUGUCUCAAGCAGCCUUUGUGCCUGGGCGUUUGAUUGGAGAUAAUAUUUUGCUCACUUGGGAGUUGACUAGGCUAGUGAUGCUCAUGUUUGAAGACGAUUUGCUCCUGUUCUCUCAUGGUGACCCCUCAUCGGUCAGCAUUUUGAAGUCAUGUUUGGAGCAUUUUUCCUCUUUGUCAAGCCUAGUUGCCAAUCCUUCCAAGAGUGAUUGUUUCGUCUCAUGUAAGGACCUAACCCUUCAGGAAGCUAUUUAUAAUGUCUCUGGGUUCCGUAGAGGGAGUAUGCCUAUGCGAUUCUUAGGGGUCCCCCUACUUUCUUCUAAGCUCUCCUAUGGAGACUGUCAGCCUGUUAUUGAUAGAGUGAGGAACAAAAUUUGUGCAUGGCGCAACAAGGCUCUUUCUUUUGGGGGUCGCUUACAGCUAGCGCAAUCGGUCCUUUCCAGUAUUUAUAUGUACUGGGCCUCGGUGUUUAUCCUCUCGAAGAAGGUGAUUAAUGAAAUUGAGCAACUUAUUCGUAACUUCUUUUGGAGUGGUAAUGAGGCGGACCCCCAUAAAGCGAAAGUUGCUUGGCACGAUAUUUGCUGCCUGAAGAGGCAAGGUGGCCUCGGCCUUAAGCCUCUCUGUGUGUGGAAUCAAUCCUUGGUUGCCAAACUUAUGUGGCGCCUGCUGGUUGAGGAUUGGGAGUCCCUAUGGAUGUAG